AUGGUUGUGUCGCAGGAGCCCUAUACAGUACGUACUGCACUUAAAAAACAGAGAGUAUUAAUUUUCUUUCCGGUGUGGUUAGUGAAAUCUGGCGUAAGGUGGUAUGUGAGGACUGCAUCUCAAGGUGCCAACGUGCUGUUCUCCACCUUUGAAGGUCAGACUCAAGAGCGCCAUGCGUACGGUAUGUGCGUGUACCACAUAGCGCACCCAGGUACCGAAACAUUUCUCAAGACGUGAGAUAACAAUCUCCAGUGUUUUUGUGUCUUAUACAUUUCCGACCGUCAGCUGCCCUGGGAUUCACACUUGCCCGUAUUACGGUACGUGCCCUUUCACGACGACAUCUGAGAUGGCUGAUGAUGACAUGACUACUCUGAUUGCGUCCUUGGAGGGGUUGGCCAGUUCUCUACAGAAAGCUGUGGAUGACAAAUCAAGCGAGGUCGGAGGAGAAAUGGAAAGAGCAACUGAGGCAACGGCGAAGAUCAUUCAGACAGCGCUUUCGCCGGAGCAGAGAGAUCCAUGGCUCGAGGCAUUACAUAGCGCCACCACUGGUGCUACGACCGCCUCUCCGGAUGCGAACCUUACGAUGUACAGCCCCAUCACCGCUAGUUCAGAGAACCUCGAAAGCGAAGGGAAGGCGACCUGCACCUGCUCCGCCUUGCGUGCAGAGACAACAUCAGGGGACGGGAAUUUGAACGACGCCAAGGUCGUGGGAUGCAUGUAUGGCUGUGCGAUGAGGUUUUGCUCUGCCAAGUGCCGGAGGAGACAGGGUCGUCAGCAUGCCGCAGAGUGCCCCGCCAUCGCAAGGAAACGGGUUCUACGCGCGAUUGGAUUUCCAAGCGACACCGAGCUGUUCUAGUGCAUACCAUUAAGGUUUAUUUCUUUGAUGGUGACUACGUCGAUUUACGAGAAGGUUGCGGGAUGACAGGACUAGGAUAUUGGAGCAGUACGUGUCUCAAGAUUAGGUUAAGAGGCACUGGACAACUCCGUUAGAGCUAACCCCGCAUGCCGGGUCCUGCCUCAUGAUAGCUCUGGGCCCGUUUAUGGGGAAGGCACCCGUUUCUCUACGGUGUUGGAAAAGCAACUCAUCAGCUUCAGAUGGGAUGAGCGGUGUGAGCUUGGGUGCGCUUAGGUGUACUCGCCUAAAGCCAAGAAGCUGGGCGGUUGGCGCUGAUGGAAGUUGUCGGAAGUGAUGACUGCACGGACAGACAAGGGGAAAAGGAAGAUUGGAUUCGGGCGUUAUUUCCCCCGCUGUUGCUUGAGAUCAGCGACUUUCAAACACGCUAGCAGGUAUGCACUGAGUUGUUGGCACCUUGGAAAUCUACAUUUCGCAUAUGGCUGCGCCUACCGACGAAGAUUGAGGGGGCAAUGUUGGCAUGCACUAUGGUCAGCGACUUCGAUGCAUCAACCGGUGUCAUGACGAAGGGUAGUUUGCCCAGAGACAACGUCACAGUCAGGGUCUGGAGCUGCGACGUACAGGGAGGGGGGCACAGAGGUACCGUACUGGCUGCAAACCGAAGACACCCGACGCCAUUGAGUGCAAGAAUUAAACUUAGGCGCCGAAAGAAUAGGUAACACAA